AAAAAAGUAAGCUUUAUAUGGGAAAUGACGUGCAAUGAUCAGCACUUACUACUUUCUAGAAAGAGCCACUGGGUUCCGGCGAGUACCAAUAGGGGAGAGAGACGCGGCUAUUUAAAGGAGCACGCCGGAGAGAGAGAGAGAGACGCACCAGCAAACACAAGGGCAUAAGUAUCGAAGCAAUAAGCCGUACAGACACAAACAGGGCUUGGAGGAGAGUGAAUAUCCCCGAUUUCAAGAGCGGCAGUACCCGGCUAGCAUCUGCUGUCCACCACCGCUCUCUGCCUGCCAGCGGCUGCUAUAAAGCGGGUUUAUAUCCUUAGGAUAUCGCGGGCUCCCGGGCUGCGCGGAAAAUGGGGAAGGACUACUACAAGAUCUUGGGGAUCCAGAGGGGGGCAUCGGACGAGGACGUCAAGAAGGCGUACCGCAAACAAGCCCUGAAAUGGCACCCCGAUAAAAACACGGCCGCGAACGCGGAGGAGAAAUUCAAGGAAAUCGCGGAGGCGUACGAGGUCCUUAGCGACCCCAAGAAGAGAGAGAUCUACGACCAGUUUGGCGAAGAAGGUCUCAAGGGGGGGCCAGGUGGCUGCGACGGGCAGGGGGGCAACUUCACCUACACGUUCCACGGGGACCCCCACGCCACCUUCGCCGCCUUCUUCGGGGGCUCGAACCCCUUCGAGAUGUUCUUCGGCAGGAAGGCGGCCGGCGGCCGGGGGGAGGAGGAGGACAUGGAGGUGGACGCGGACCCCUUCGGCGCCUUCCCCGGUUUCAACCUGAACGGCUUCCCGCGGGAGCGCCACAUGGGCCUGGGCCAGGCCAGGCGGCGGCAGGACCCCGCCAUCCACCACGACCUGCGCGUCUCCCUGGAGGAGGUCUUCGCCGGCUGCACCAAGAGGAUGAAGAUCUCCCGCAGGAGGCUCAACCCCGACGGGCGCACCCUGCGCACCGAGGACAAGAUCCUGACCAUCGAGAUCAAGAGGGGCUGGAAGGAGGGCACCAAGAUCACCUUCCCCCGGGAGGGGGACGAGUCGCCCGGCACCAUCCCCGCCGACAUCGUCUUCGUCAUCAAGGACAAGCCCCACGCGCGCUUCAGGAGGGAGGGCUCCAACAUCGUCUCCCCCGUGCGGGUCAGCCUGCGACAGGCCCUGUGUGGUUGUUCGGUGACCGUGCCGACGGUGGACGGCAAAUCCUACACGUUGAAGUGUGCGGAGGUGAUCAGACCCGGCAUGAGGAAGAUCAUCUCCGGCCAAGGACUCCCUUUCCCCAAAAACCCGGACCAGAGAGGUGACCUCGUAGUUGAGUUUGACGUGGCCUUUCCGGACAGUCUCCCCGCCAGCGCCAAGGACGUUCUGAAACGCCACCUGCCCGUGUCUUAAAGGACUCCACAGGAGCAGGGCAGCAGUGGCCACAGCACAUCCCUUUCUCGUGUACGGACAGUACCCGCUGGUCAGACCCCUUUCGAGGACGGUGCAAUAUAUAUAUUUUUUAUCGAUAUGGUGUUUAUUUUUUAAAAAAGAAAGUUUGCAUGCUACGACUCAAACGAAAAGUGUAAGUAAAAAGUUUUGAUGUCUUCAAAAUGUUGCCGAGUCAUUUCUUGGUCAGAUUAUUACUGCGAGACCACCACCACUCCUCUGUGGUUUAUUAGAUUUACUUCAGCUUGUGCUCCUUCCUGUCUUUGACUUCCAGAAGCAUACAGUUUCUUUUUUUUGGAAGGCCUGACCACAAAUGCAAAAUCGUCAAUCAGUAAAUGCAAUCAUUAUCCGGUCUUUCAGCAGAAGCAGGUUGCACCCGUGUUAAGGGAUAUAUUAAAGAAUGGCAUUGGGGAGUUUGGCUGAGAAGGAGCUGCUUUGACCUAAAGAGAAACGCUGUGCAAGCAGGGAAGACGGGCUUUGAGCAUAUAGCAGAAUGGAGCUUAUUCAUUAAACUGCUUGUAACAUCCCCAGAGUUUGCCAUAACUCCAAUACCUUUGUGAAUUAGAUUCCUGGGAGUUUGCACAUAGUGCCACUUGAGGGCACUAUUUCAUUCUUCUGUACAGGGGUGUCUUAAGUACGGUACUAUGUCAAGCCUGUGCUUUCCUGCUCCCUGAACUGUAAAUCUGCAGACGUUUGUAGAAAAUGUAAAAAUGUUUUUGUGAAAGUAGCACAGUUGUGCCAGUCCACAUUGGACAUCUCUGGUCCUGGUCAACUGCAGGUGAGGUCUGCUGGCAUUCCAAUGGGUUGCUAAACAAAAUCAUUAAACGGAAAGUGGCACACUGUUCCACUUUUUAAAACUCUGGUUGAUUUAAACUGUGACCACCUGUUAGGACACUGUGUCUUUCCUAGCAGUCCUCUAUGAGCCCCUGGUGUAUGCUGGCAAACUGACACCCUGUAAAUGUCAGAGGGGAACCCUUGUGUAUUCACACUGGAUACUGGCUGUGCAUGAGUCAGUUUUUUUUUGGGUGGGGGGGAACUUUAGAAAGACAUGAUGAAAAUGCAUCCCCAUGAAUAAGUCUGUUUUUAUCAGCACAACCGUUCUGUGCACACGGGCUUCCUAAGACCAUUGGAGAGUGUUGAAAUUAGUCUGUGGUGAGAAUGGGUCUGUGUUUACCCUUAUCUACUGUACUUCUCUGUCUGCCAGCUUCCUGUAUAAUGAGUGCUACCACAGCCAGUAGGAUAAGCUCUUGUUCAUGGGGUCCGGGCAGGCUGCAGGAAGCUGAUGCCGUUUUCUCCAUCAAUAUGGAAAGGAUUAAAGACAAGGCAGGAAAAAUGCCUGCUGCUUCACCAGAAUUAAUCAUGCUUGCUAUGGAUGUGAACUGAGGGGUCUGUGCAAACAAAUAACAAACUGGUAUGACCCAUUAUCUUAGUCCAUGUUCAAGGUGAGCUGGAAGAAGUUUCCCUGCUCCUCUUUACGAGGGCCUGUUGUCUCUGAAGCAGCAGUCAGCUGAGCUGUUUUUCCUUGCCCACAACAACAACAACAACAACAACGGGGAAUGUGAUCCGUGUCUUCAGUGUACUGUGCUUUCAACGGGAAUAUAAUUGUACUCUGAGGAGUGGACAGAGAAGUGACACAGGAAUGUGUGAUGCCGUUUUCCUAUGAAUAAAUGCAACAGUUUUCCUA